ACCAAUGUUGUCGACUGCCAGUGCCAAAUCAACCGCAGCGCAACCUCCAACCCACUCGGCGCCCAUCUUACAAUACAAAAUAUGAUAUUUGCUGUCCUCAUAUCAACAUUUCUACACGAUAUGUUUUUAUUUAGGUAGGUUAGUGAAGGAAGAUAUAUUUUCAUGGCUGUGUAAGGAAUGAAAACGUUCCAAGAUGGUCCGCAUCGCAAACGCUCUGGGUUUGGUUAUAUUCAGCGUCGCUCUUCUCAUUUUAUCCUUAAUAAGUUAUGUUUCGAUACGAAAGGACAGCUUUUUCACUUCUUCUAAAUAUGAUAUGGGGGGUCCAAGAAUAAUGUUCCACGCAGGAUUUCGGUCUCAAUUCGCCAUGAAUUUCUUAGACCCCUCUUUCAUUCCACUGACUAAUGCACUGAAUGAGGAACUUCAAGGGAAACCAUCCAAAUGGAAAUUCAACAGAACAGCUUUCUAUCAACAAAGGAAAGAAAUCUUCAAUUUCAUUGAUGUGGCCAACAAUUUCUCACUGACCAAGAAUGGUGUGCGUGUGGGUCAACUGAUGCACUUUGACUACUCCAGCCACAAAUAUGUCUUCUCCAUAAGCAACAACUUGAAGUCCUUGCUUCCUGAAACCUCGCCCAUCCUGAACAAGCACUACAACGUGUGUGCUGUGGUGGGCAACAGUGGCAUCCUCACAGGCAGCCAUUGUGGGUCAGAGAUUGACAAAGCCGACUUCAUCUUCCGCUGCAACUUUGCCCCUACGGAGGUCUUCUACAAGGAUGUUGGCCGGAAGACCAACAUGACGACCUUUAACCCCAGCAUUCUUGAGCACUACUACAACAACCUGCUGACCAUCCAGGACCGCAACAACUUCUUCCUCAACUUGAAGAAGCUGGAGGGAGCGAUUUUGUGGAUCCCUGCUUUCUUCCUUCACACCUCAGCAACAGUCACCAGGACACUAGUUGACUUCUUUGUGGAGCAUAAAGGUCAGCUAAAGAUUGAGCUGGCCUGGCCGGGCAACAUAAUGCAGGAUGUCAACAAAUACUGGAAGACGAAGAACCUUUCGCCGAAGCGACUGAGCACGGGGAUCCUUAUGUACACGCUGGCCUCCGCCAUGUGCGAGGAGAUCCAUCUGUACGGCUUCUGGCCCUUUGGCUGGGACCCCAACACAGGCAAGGAUCUGCCCUACCAUUACUACGACAAGAAAGGGACCAAGUUCACCACCAAGUGGCAGGAGACCCACCAACUGCCCAGUGAGUUCAAACUCCUCUACAAGAUGCAUGGGGAAGGUGUGACCAGGAUGAGUCUGUCACACUGCACCUAGACAUUCCCAAAUGGCCUGCUGUCAAGCUAGUCAUUUGUUAGAGGGGGGGGCUUCAUGGAGGCUGAACCCGAUUUGGGUUCUGUUAUAUUUUCAGCUUGUUAUAUUUUCCGACGCAGAAUUAGACCGUGCAUGAUUAGUAUGACAACGUCUUCAUCCUAGUUACACACGCUCCUGUCACCUGCAGCGCAUGUGGACUUUCGAGGUUUGUCUUUGUAAUUCACACCAAGGUGUAAGGGUGGUUUCGGGACUUGGGGGUAACAUUCCAGCUUUAAGGGAUUGCUGUGCUGUUUCCUAUGUACCAUGGGUGAGUUAAAUAUAUUAUACUAUGUAUCACGCUACCACAUAAAGUAUUGUCUUAAUGUGUUGUUAUCACCUUGCUACCAAUCAUAUUGCAUUGCUAUCAUGACUGGGGCUGAACGGAAUAUGUCUUCUUAAACAAGGGAUGUGGAUGGAAAAACACUCAGAAACUCCAAAAUGAUUUUCAUUAAUGAUGGUGGCAAAAAUGGUAAAAGGCUAUUAAUCCUGGCCUUAUUUUAAGGGAAUUUUAAUAGUUACUUUGACAUCACUGCCUAAUCUCAGGGACGGAGUUAGAACAGUGUUUUUUCUAAUUAGAUGCCAGUCCAUCAUUGGAGGCACAAACACUAUAUUUUUCUGACCUUUGUACCACCUAGCUACCACCUAGCUACAACCCAAGGUGCCAUUGGUUUCUGGGUCUAAAAUACUGGUCUGGAUGCUAGCAGUUGUUUACAAUACUAUCCCAAAGGUGUAAGGCAGUUACUAGUCUGAGAGGGUAGUUACUAUCUAAUAUCUUUUUUUAAAGUCUUCAAAUCUAGAUCAAGAAUUUACAUUCCAACAACAAUCCAUUUAUUGAUCAAAUUUCAGUUCAUUAUAAUACUUGGAGUAAAACAUUAGAAAGAACAUUUGAAAAAGUAUUCCAGAAAAACACUCUGUCCAAAAUUAAUUUUUACCUUUAUUUAGCCAGGCAGGUCAACUAUAAUAUAUCAAAAAAGUCCUACAUCUCAAUUCUUGAUAAAGUAAGAAAGGAAAGUGUAUAUUGUAAUAAUAAUGAGGGUCAUUCGACCACAUUCUUUUGCCAUUAAUGUAUAGUUCUAUGUUCUUUUUGCCAUGAACCCAAAUCACAAAGCUUCUUAAAUCCUGAAUUAUUACCCUAAAGACAGUAUAGUUCUGAAUCAAUUAAAAAACAGAUUAACGCAGAUAAAGGUUACAUCUAUCACAUAUAGGCUUGUAUAACUUUAAAUAUUAUUACAUACCAAUCUGAAAAAGUUGCAUCUUGUACAAAGAGCAUGAUACACCAUUUGAAUGAAAUUGCACGAAAGAGACUAACAAAAUGUAUGGCUAGUUUUAUACAACCUUUUUGGAAGGAUAUGUUUCAAGGAUAGAACCUUUCUUUUUUGUUAUUAUUUGUAUUUACACUGGCAUUUUCAAUAAACUGUCAGCUUCAAAAAAACUUUAUAUAAGAAGAGUUUUAAUGUGCAAGAAAAUCUGAAUCACUGGGACCAAACUAAUCUUUGUUUCACCUUUCUGACAAAUAAAUAAGUAAUAUAACUUUAUUUUUAUAACUCUUUAUUACUCUUCUCAACAAAAGUAUUUUUUCUCCAUCUAGGUGUCAUGUCAGGCUGAACUUGUUAGCAUGCUGUGAAUGGAUCUGUAGAAUGACUUGGCUGAAAAACACUGAUAGGCACAUGAUAGUCCCAUGACUCACCACACAUGCUCACACUGGGGCAUACUGGCUUAGGGGCCACACCUGCCCAUAGUUGGGGGUCAGUUUCUCUACAAGAGACUGCUCAGUGUACACCUCAUGGACAAGACUUAGUGUUGCCUUAACAGGUUUACUUUGUCAUUGUUGUUAUGUUUAUAAAUCAACCCAUUUCUUCCCCACGUCUCACAUAAACAGGUUGCCCUUACCCUGACUACAAUGUGAUACUGAUGUGACACUGGGUUAAGUAAUUCAAAAUCUUCCACUGAUUUUCGAUUGAUUUCACUCAUAGAAUGUUUCUUUAUUAAAUACACCAAAGAUAACCCAUUUAGACAAAACUUGUUAUAGAAACGGACUUGAUGAAGUGACUUGGGAUGUAGGAUGUAACAGGAUAAUGUAACAGGGUCUCCAGCAUGAGGUCAGAGAUUUCAUUUAUGCUGUAUUCUUUAUUUUUGAAUGUUUUGUCAAAUGAUGUCUUCACAC